AUGCUGCCGCCGCCUCCUGCCGAGCUGCCCGCGGGCCUCGUGCCGUGCAUCCUCCCGUUGCCGCCCCCGUCCUCUCCUUGUUCCGAUCUGGAUCGGGAUCCGCCGCCGCCGAGGACGACGCUGGCCUGCUCUGCCAAGGGAUGUAGCGUGCUCAAGGCUGGUCCGGCGAUGCCCCCCAGCGAGCCAGCUGCGCCCACGUUCGCGUCGCUCCCCGCGGCUGCUUCGACUCCGCAGUCCACCUCCUCGGCUUCCGCCGCCGUUGUGCUAGCCUCGGCUGCCUUGGCCUUCCGCAGGGCCGACCUGGCCAUUGGAGGUCGCGCUCGCCACCUGCCAAGUUCCGUGACGACGGCUGCUACGGAGCCGCUGCCCGUCGUCCCUCCAGCAGCUGCCAGUCUUCCUCUGCACCCGGCGCCUGUUCCAGAUCGGGAGAAGAUAGUUUGUGUCACGGCGUCGGCCCCGUCGGACCUGCUGCUCGAUGCUACCAGUACCCUCCAUGACGCCUGCGCUGGGGUGAAGACGACCAUGCCGUCCUCCUGUGCGGCAGCAUUGACCGCCCCCGUAGGCGCUGAUUCCGGCGAGGCUCGAAGAACCGACGACUGGUGCAACGACGAGAAGACACCAGAGAAGUUGGGCUCUCCUCUGCCUGGUCCGUCUUCAGCGUCGGCAUGCAACGACCUCUCUGCUGCUGCCGCCUAUUAG